GGAGUGACCGUGACCUGACUUGUCAUAUAUCAUGUACAAUGAUCUACAGUGACGAAAUAAAUCAAUCAAUCAAUCAAUAUGAUAGAAUAAGACGUUUAUAAGAAUGCGCUACAGAGGUCCGGAUGGGUAUUGCCUAGGCCAUUUUUUAUAACACGAUAAAAAAAUACACGGCGACUACGUUACAAGACAAUAACUUUUGAGUUGCUGACGGCUUCGUUCUAGUCGUUAUGGUAUUCCUGCUGAGAAGCCGAAACAGUUUUGGGGUGUAUCAGUGUGAGGAUGUUAGAUGCCCUUCUGUCCGGAAUAUUAUUUCAGUGCCAAUACGGAGGAAUUUAAUUAUUAUUUAAAUGACGAAAACUUGGUAUAGUUUCGUUUAUAACUGACGUGUACAUGUAUAAAAUUCUACCUAGUGUAGAAUGCUUUUGUAUGUGGAAGGGUAAUAUUUCAUACGUGAUACGCACAAGAGAAAAUAAAUGUGGGUUUGGAAAGUGACAUUUGGUAUGAAAAUGUAAACAUAAACAUGAAGACGUUUCCUUUCAUUAGCACCCUUUGUAGGCAGAACAAAUAUUUUCUUAUAGGUUUAUGUUUGGGAUUUUUUUUUAGUUUCAUUCUUUCACCAAUUUUUGAAAACGGUUGUCUCGUUAAUGAGAAUGGAGAAGGUUAUACAAACGAUCAUCUGUCUCGGAGUCGUUCUCUAAGUAGUGAUUCGAACUUACUAGGGGAUGAAUAUGAACCGAGGAUUAACUUCGCAGGUAAGCCCAAUAAGGCCCGAAAAACACCAGCCCUUUUGAAUCGGCCUCGAUAUUACUCAACGGAAUUGGGUAUACGUGAGAAACUUUUUGUUGGCGUUUUAUCUUCUCAAUAUGAUGUAUCUACUCGUGGUGCUGCAUUGAACAAAACUAUUGCACACCUGGUGGACAAGGUUAUGUUCUUCAUUGAUGCACCUGGACAUCAAAAACUGAAUAUUUCAAUGCCUGGGGGCAUAGUGGGUUUCACUGAUACAAGAAGAACAUUGAAGGUUUUCCAUAUGCUGAAGUACAUCACAGACAAUUUCUUGGAUGAAUUUGACUUCUAUUUUUUGGUCAAGGAUGCAACAUAUAUCAAAGCUCGUGAACUAUAUGAGAUGGUGCAAGGGAUUAGUGUGAGUGAAGAUGUCCAUGCUGGAAGUGGUAGAAGAGAUGAGCAUACAUCUUUCUGUUCAUUAGAUGCUGGCCUGCUCCUCAGCAGCUCAGUGAUGCAUAAAGUAAUGUUAUCACUUGAUUGGUGUGUUAAGAAUGCUUUUUCUGAUUCUUAUGAUGACAAUUUGGGACGGUGUAUACUCCAUGCUACAGAUAUGUCAUGUCAAGAAUCAGUUCAAGGUUAUGCAUUGACAAGUUACUCUCUUGAUAGAAGCUUUAAUAUGGAGGAGGAUAUUGAGAGACUAACCAAAGACUACAAAUUUCAUUCUGCAUUGACACUUUAUCCUGUCCAAGAGCCAAAUGUUUUGUUUCAACUACAUGCUUAUUUCUGUAAGGUGGGACUUGUUCACAACAAACAAGACAUAACCUCACUGCGUAACUCUCUUGUGAACAUGUCAGAAAUGACUCCUGGGAGACGGAGUGGUGUAACAUGGCCAAUUGGAAUCCCAUCAGGAACUGUACCAAUCAACAGGUUUGACGUGCUUAGAUGGGAUUAUUUCACAGACACUGAAGUAUACCUAAAUUCAGACUUCUCCAAUGUCAAGAAACUUGAUGGAGCAGAUAAAAAGGAUAUACAGUAUGUGGUGAAUGCAAGUAUCAAACAGGUGGAAGCAGGAUGGGGAGAACAUCUGCAGUACCAUCACUUGAUAAAUGGCUACAGAAGAUUUGAUCCUUCCCGUGGUAUGGAUUAUCGUCUAGACUUGGCAUUUAGGGACACCAGAACUGGCCAAGAAGUUCACAAGAGAGUGGAGGUAUGUAAGCCAUUAGGGAGAGUUGAGGUGGUACCCAUGCCAUAUGUUACUGAAAACGUACGUGUGAACUUAAUUCUACAAGUGGAAGCAGAAUCUAAGCUGGAAGCAAUGAAGUUCAUGGAAAACUAUGCCAGGAUUUGUAUGGAGAAGCGAGAUAAGACUUUCCUGAUGCUGGUUUUGUUGUAUGACCCAAGUUUACCUGGGAAAGGUACAAAGGACGACAUUUUUUUAUCAGUCAAGGAGCUAGCUCUUACUUUAUCUGACAGAUACAAAAAAGAUGGAAGCAAAAUAGCCUGGGUGUCUAUAAAGAUCCCUUCACCUAAUGAGUUAGCUAAUGAUCCACUUUUGGAAUUUGUUGUGGCUGACUUAGUUAUUAGAAAGUUUUCACCAGAGUCACUAAUCCUUAUGUGUCAGUCCAACAUGGACCUAAGGCAGGAUUAUCUUAAUCGGGUACGCAUGAAUACCAUACUGGGCUGGCAAGUUUUCAGCCCCAUUCCUUUCUCAGAAUAUCACCCAGAUAUUGUGUACAGUAGUGCCAACACAAGCCCAAAGGAAUUAGACAUUGAUAAAUUAUAUGGCCAUUAUGACACUAGAGAGUUCAGCCACAUUGCUUUUCAUGCUCGUGACUAUACUACAGCACGCAAACAAAUAGAAGACAUAAUACCAAUAAUACGAAGUGACAGAGACAUUCAUUCUCUUAUGAUCAUCAAAUAUGACAGCCAGUCAAGUCCACCUUCUUCAUUAUAUGGAAUGUUCACCAAUUCAAGAAGUCUCCACAUUCUGCGUGCUGUUGAGCCUGGGCUGCGUCUACAUUACCAAGAGAGAAACUGUCAAGAUUCCAACCGUCAGUGCACGGAUAUGAGAGCUUUCAAUUUAGGAAGCAAAAGUCAACUUGCACAGUUAAUAUUAGACUAUCUGGCCAGCCAUAUUACAACCUAGUCUAACUAAAUUUUAGUCAAAGUGAGAUAAGCUUGCAUACAUCAGUUGGUUGCCAAUGUAAAACAUGCCUGUCUAUCUUGUUUAUCCUUCCAAGUCCAUUUUUGUAUUUCCAUCUUCUGCCUAAGGCUUAAUUGUGUUAGACCUGAAAUAAAAUUUCAGAAUCAGACUUAGUCCAGUAGGUUUGGAGAGCUCUCUCAGGUCUGAUAUCCUGACAGGCUUUCCUUGUAUAAGACAGAGACUAGGCAUUUUCAGUGCAACUAAUUGAAGCCAUCUUAACACCAACUGUACAGGUUACAGCUUCAUACUGUUUUGUAUCCACUUUUAUGUGAACGCAAAUGAAUCAGAGCACAUAUUUCAAGCCCCCCCAAA